AUGAAACUCAUUACGAUUAUUAUAUAUUUAUUUGCGUUUGUAUCCGCCGAGGAGUACAUUGUGUCGCUGAAGGGGCCCAAGGCGUUUCAGCGGUUCAUGGAUUCCCAGCUUGUGCAAGAAAUACUGGAGUCCAAGCCUAUCAGGAAGCGUAUAAUCAAGACGUAUUCCUUUGGCAAUUUCCGCGGGUUUGUCAUAGACCUGCCCAACGAGUGGCUGAUCAAGAUCAGGAGGAGCCCAUUCGUGUCUCAAGUGGUGCCUAAUUUCUCGUUCAAGGCCUUUGACGAAGAGACAGCGCUGAGCGAAGUGUACAGAGGCAGGACAAUAGUGGCGCGUGGUGAGAACGGCGGGAGCCCAGAGCUCCAAGGGUUCAAGAAGGAAGAGUGUCGUGGUGACAGUGUCUAUUUUGACAAGUUCGAGGCCAGUGGCAAGGACAUGCCGCAGGUGAACGGGAAGUUGCUAUCGCGGUACAUCAAGACGCAGUCCGAGGCACCACGGCAUCUAGCCCGGCUAUCGAGACGGUCGCAACUGCCAUAUGAUUUCAACGACCCGACGAGGUACGAGAGCGAUUUCAAUUACUAUUACUAUGGAUGGCAUCAAGGGCGGUCAGUGAAUGCGUAUGUGCUGGACAGUGGUGUCAUGAUUGAUCACUGUGACUUCGAAGGGCGAGCCUAUUACGGAGCCGAUUUCAUCCGCAGUGGUAACUCUGGGGAUCAGAACGGGCAUGGCACGCAUGUAGCUGGGCUAAUAGGUUCUAAGACCUAUGGGGUGUCAAAGAAAGUGAACAUCAUCGAUGUGAAAGUGUUGGAUAGUGUGGGCAGCGGUACAUUAGAUACAGUGAUGAGUGGGUUAGAGUUUGUCUCUAACCAUUGCAACUACAAGGGCAAGCAAGGCAAGCAAGGUAAGCAAGGCAAGCCCGUCUGGGGCAGUGAGGAUUCACACGAUGACGACGUUGAGAGUAAGAGGUGCGUCAUCAAUCUCAGUCUUGGCACAUUUCGGAGUACCAUCAUCAACGAGGCCAUUGAGGAGUUGAUCAAGCAAGGGAUCGUUGUGGUAGUUGCAGCCGGUAAUUCCAACAUGAACGCCUGUUGGACCAGUCCCGCGUCCGUGGCGGAUGUGAUCACUGUGGGGGCCUUUGACGAUCGCAUUGACUCCAUAGCGAAAUUCAGCAAUUGGGGCAACUGCGUCGACAUCUUCGCACCGGGUGUGCUAGUGAAGUCGUUGUCGAACAAGUUUCCUUACUACCCCAUAGAGCAAACGGGCACGUCGAUGGCCACACCGAUAGUUACGGGUCUGGUGGCAUUGCUGCUGGACUCCGGGAUCAAACCAACCCAGAUAAAGAAAAGACUCAACGAAUUGGCGACCGAUAACAUCUUCCCAAGAAGAACACUGCUGUUCAAGCCAGGAACCCCAAACAGAAUCGCAUUCAACGGGGUCAAGAGAGACGACGACGACUACCACCACUACAGCUACCCGAACAUCACCAUCGAGCACAUCCUCAAGGAAUUGGACAGCUAUACAACCCCAGCAAUUACAAAAGGAGUACUCUUAGUUUAA